UGUAAACUUGUGCCUGGCUUCAUUUCCAAUACUGACAUUCUUCGAGUAUUAAUCACCAAAUGUUGAGUCUUGCACAUUCCCAAACCGUGCGCGAACCAAGAAAAACUUCUUUGAAUGUUCGCGCUUGUCCAUUCAGAGUUGAACACACUUCUUGGCCUUUUUCCCAUCGCAGUGGAUAAGAUCCAACAGCUCAUUAAUUUCUUGCGGCUACACGAAACAUGAAGUUUGAAGAGGUUUACGAGAUCAAGGAACUCAUUGGGAAAGGGUCGUUUGCUGAAGUGAAGAAAUGCGUCAAUCGUAAGACACUACAGCUGUUCGCGGUCAAGGAAAUUCAUUAUGAAGAUGCAGAACAUAGAGAGAAAGUAGAAAAUGAGUCGGAGAUCUUAGAAGAGUUGGAUCACGUGAGUAUAGUUCGUUUAGAGGAAGUGUUCUACGCUGAUGGAAAAGUGCUCAUGGUGCUGGAAUACCUCCCUGGAGGAGAUCUUUUCGAUGGACUGGUGUCUAGACCUUUUUACAGCGAGAAAGACGCAUGCGCUUGUGCCCAACAGAUCAUCAGAGCGCUACACUAUUUGUCAAGGAAAGGAAUUAUUCACCGGGAUUUAAAACCAGAGAAUCUCUUGUUGGCCGAGAAACCAGAAGUGGACCGUCCACCAAUUAUCAAACUCACAGAUUUCGGAAUUGCAAAAAGGAUACAAGACGGAAGACAAAUGGUUGAGUGUCACGGCAGCGGCUCACCAAUGUACCUUGCACCGGAGACUAUAUUAGAGAGGCCGGUCAGCGGUGCUGUGGACAUUUGGGCCUGUGGUGUUAUCCUUUAUUUACUACUUGUUGGUUAUCCUCCAUUCUGGAAUGAGAAAGUCGAGUUUCUCCUUCUUAGUAUUCUACAAGGAAACUACUCGUUUCCUUCUCCAUACUGGGACUCAGUCUCCGACUCGGCUAAGGAUCUCAUAAGCAAAAUGUUGACAGUGAAUCCCGAGGACAGAAUAACAGCUUCUCAAGCGCUUCGUCACGACUGGAUUUCUCAAGGUGAUUUCGUCCCUUCUCUUCAUAAGGAAACGACAUUCGUCCGACUCACAGCCUUCAAUGCAAGAAGAAAACUAAAGGGAGUGGUGUUAGGACUUAUUGCCAGGAAAAGGCUUACUUUCACACCUAACCAAAAUGUAGUUCGUUUGACGCGGAAGGUUUCCUACACGCCUGACCCAGAACUUGAACACGAGGUGCAAGAAAUGCUGUCAAAUAAAGAACACGAAGAAGAAAGAAGACUUGAUAAAAUUGACGAAACUGUUAAUGGAGGCGACAAUGAUGAAGCGAAAUCGCCUAAGGAAUAUCAUCUAACGGACUUGAAACCUAGAAGGUCGCGAAUGUUCAGAAGUUCCGUUUACAUUAAAGUAAAAGCUGGUGAAGGAAGAGCAAGAGAUAGAGUAGGGAGAAGAAUGUCUGAUGAUGAUCCUUAGAGACCAUACCAUAUAUUUUUACGGACAUAAAGUAAUAGCUGAAGUAUUUUUAAAAUUGUAAACCCGGCCUCUCAGGUCGGUCUUACGGCUAAAAACGUUCCUUAAACAAGGAGGGAGUCAACUUACAACUAAAAGGCCGUAGCAAACUACGUUGUUACGAACAUUGUGGUACAAAGAUAUCAUUUUCGUUUUUAACCUGGGAAAAAGGGUUAUUAUAAUUAAGAACUGAGUGUAUCAUCACUUUUCUAAGAAAGGAUUUCCAUAAAUUAAACGCAAAUCAGUGAAAAGAGUUUGAUUUCCGUGAGAAAUGUAUAGGUGAUAUGUACGAAUGUUCAGUGUAGAGAAAGAUAGAUUUUGGAACGCCCUAUUUGACUUUUAAUGGAAUA